AUGGCUCGCUUAACAACCAUCCUCCUCUCGUGCCUCCUAUUCCUGGGAACAUUAAUCCACGCCCAAGAAACUUCUACCUCUCCCCCACCCCCAAGCAACACCCCCACCCCCCUCGUAACCUGCCUCAACUCUGUCUCAAUCCCCUACAGCAUCUCCUCCAACGCCACCUGGGCAAGCGACAUCUCCCCGUGGCAACUCCGCAUCACACCCACCCCAUCAGCCGUCAUCCGUCCCACCAGCUACUCCCAGAUCGCAGCAGCCCUCUCCUGCGCAUCGGUGACUUCAACAAAAGUAGCUUGCCGCAACGGUGGCCACAGCUACGGCUCCUACGGCGUUGGGGGCAACGAUGGAGCGCUGGUCAUGUACAUGGAUGCUUUCCAGAACAUGACAUUCGACGCAUCGACUGGGCUGUUGACGUAUGGAGGCGGAAGUAUAGUUGGUGAUGUCGCGACAUGGGCGUGGGAGACGUAUGGCGUGCAUUUCCCGCACGUGAGAGCGAAUCGAGUUGGGCUGGCGGGAUCGUCAAUUGGCGGUGGUUUUGGGCCUACGUCACGGUUCCUAGGGACGCCGAUGGAUAAUCUGGAGAGUGUGGAAUACAUGCUCGUUAACGGGACGAUCGUGACUGCUUCGCGCACGAAGAAUCCUGAUUUGUUUUGGGUGGUUCAGGGUGCGGGGUCGUCGUAUGGUGUUUUGCUUUCGUUGACGACUAGGACAUGGAAGCCGGUCUAUGAUCAAGUGACGAAUUUCACUGUCAGUGUUGGGAACGUCGAUAUCGAUACUGGCGUCAAGGCUCUGCUCGCGAUUCAAGAGUAUGCUCUCGGUGGUGGAUGUCCGGACGAGUUGUCUCUCCGGUGGCAGUUAACUGCACCUCCAUAUUCUGGCUCAGGGUUCUUCUACGGCGAUCCUGCGACUUUCCAAGCAGCCAUUGCACCAUUGAUGGCAAAGCUCCCCACAGGAACUACUCUGACAACUGCAGUGGCUGAUUUCUGGGCUAUGGAGAACAUCGCUACGCCAUCCAUAUCCUCCAAAAUCGAUACGUUCCCCCCACGGAACUUCUAUCUUCAAGCACUCGUUUUGAGGACUGAUCAACCUUUCACAUAUGAAAGUGCAUUUGCCCUGUACAACUCCACAACAAUAGCAUUCAACCGCACUGACAUGACAAAAUUUGGGUUCAUCGACCUCUGGGGUGGAGUUUCUCGCAACAUUAAAGACAGCGACACAUCGAUGGCGCACGCGAAUUCUCUCUUCUUGAUCCGGUGGGAAGGUCGCUUAGCUCCUGGACUGACAACCUUCCCUAGUGACGGGAUUCCGUAUCUGAAAGGGCAGAUGAGAGUCUUUGAGGAUCAGUUGACGAAGGAGGGUGUUCCACUGAGAGGAUUCGUGAAUUAUCGUGACACGGAGCUGACGGAAGCGGAGUGGAGUAAGAGGUUGUAUGGGGGAAAUUGGGACAGGAUGUUGGACAUCAAGAGGAAUUAUGAUCCCGAGGGGAUAUUUACUGCUAAUCCGCAGAGUAUCCCGGUUUGGAAGCCGGGGAAAUGGAGAGAGCUUGAGGGGUGA